UGCGCUGACCGCCCCCGACAGGCUCCGCGCGCUUUACGCGCCAGCUUCGGCCUUAGCCUGCGAGCUGCGGAGUCGCGACGGACUAUGGAGAACAGCUACGAGGAAAGCAUCGACAAACGCCGCGUUCACCUGCGCCCUGAUACACUGCGCGACCCCGCCCCUGUCUCGCUGCACCUUCUGCCCUGCGAGGUCCCGGUUAACCGGCCCACCCCGGUGGGGUGCUUCUUCACCCCAGCCAUCCGCCUGGGUCCCGACGGACUGGAAGCGUCGUUUCGAGGGCGUAGUCUACGUGGCGAGGAGGUGGUGGUGCCGCCCGGCUUCGUGGGAUAUGUGAUGACAGAAGAGAAGGCAGAGGUGUUGGUGGGGAAGCAGAGUGACCACGAGCGAGAACAGCAGGAACUGGUGGAACCCCCAGAGGCCCUGGAGCGGGACUUCGACCGCUUUAUGGGAGCCACAGCCAGUUUCAGCAGCUUCACCGUGUGGGGCCUGGAAUCUAUCCCUGGUCCGGAUGCCAAACUGCGUGGGGCCCUAAGCUGGCCCAGCCUCGCUGCAGCGAUUCACGCACAGGUACCCGAAGACUGAGAACCAGAGCUUGACAUUGAAAGCCACCGAACCCCUCACCCCAAUAAACCUCCUCUUCAGUGUGAAGCCAGAGUCCUUCACCCAAUAAAGGAGCUUUUCACAGAA